UUCGCAUCACUCGGAAACAAUUUUUGGUUGGGGCCAUAAUAUAAUUCUUAAUUAAAAUAAUAUUUGUAUGAUAUUCUAUUUUAUAUAAAUGAACUAGUGGGAAUAUGGAAGAGCAAAUCAUAUCUGAUGGAGUCAAGAGUGACUUUCCACAACUAUUCCCUCAAAUCCAAUCAUAUACUAUAAUAUACACUAAAAGAGAACAAUAUAUCAAUUUUAUUGGGAUCACAUGAUUCCAUUAUUCUUUAGUAGGCCACCUUUUCUAUCAAUAAGAUAGAAAUUGCAUCAUCCCUUGUAAUGAAGCACUGACAGUUUUUUUAGUCCACAACUUUCCCAGCUUUAAUUUUUUGGGCAACUGAUCAUCAGCGAUCAUUGUGUAUUUUUUUCUUUGCACGUUUUGUUUAGAGUCGCUGAGACAUUCGAACUAAAACGAAAGUCCAUAAAGUAAGCCGCGAAAAAGCCCACUGGACCACCGAGGUAGAUGAACAUUUGGGACGACUUAAGGCAUUUUCAUCUUUAUUCCAUUUUCUCGUGUAAAAUUGAGUAAAAGUGAAUAUCGAAUAAGAAAUGUUCCAAUCCAACUUCAUAUCUCACUCUAUAAUGAUAUUUAUUCUAUAAAUAGAGUAAUUUAUUUUUUUAUUUGUUCAUCAUUCCAUUAUGAAGUAGAAAAUGGAAUAAACUUGGAGCAAUUUUAUUCUAUUUUCACUUUUACUCCAUUUUAGAAAAAAAAAAAAAAUUUUACAUUGGAAACACUUUUACGAAAAUACAUAUUUAAUUUACUGGCAAUCAUCUUCGUCCGAUAUUUAUUUCCUUAAUCCUGCCCCAUCCAUUGAAUCGGACAGAGGGAUUUUGUUGUAUUCUAGCAAUCUAGUAGGCACAUCAUCCUGGUUUGAGCAAAAAACUGCUUAAUUGGCUUACUUGUUCUUGCGUAGGUUAGGAACUACGUCCGACUUAAUUCGGAGAGGCGUAAUAAUUCUAUUUUGUUUAAAUUUUGGAGUAAACGGCCCUUUCUUUUUCAACUGGUUUUGAAUUAGAUUUCUCGUUUAAAUAAAAGUGUUGGGCAUGUAAAGAAACAUAAAAUAAUUUCUGUAAAUAUCUAUAUAACCGAAAUGCAUUUUACAUUUUGAAAAUAGUGUGGAAAGCUGCAAAUAAUACUGAAACUCAUCAAAUUGACGUGUAAUGAUACUUUAAGAUAUUUUCUUAUCAAAUAAGUGAAAGAGUAUUGGUUGUUGCCAAACAAAAUAGUUUUUUUUUAAUAUGUUCUGCUUUAAUGUUCUGAAAAUUGUAAACAUAUUUUAUAUAAAGGUUUCAAAAAUAUGGUAGAAAUGUAAUAAUUUAGGGUCUCGUGUCAACAAUAUCCCAAGGUGUGGAUUGGCAGCUAUUAACGUCACAUUCCAAAGUGAUUAAGUUCUAACUUUCCGGCUUCGCCAUAAAUUUUAUUUUGACGCAUUCGAGUUUUACUCUGAAUUCACUGUCAUUUUAUCUUAGAGGUUGCUCUACAUCUAUUUUUUUUACAAUCUCUACAUCUAUUUUUUAUGAUGUAUCGCUUUAUUGUAAUGUUCGUAGAGCUAGGAUCAUCUCUUCUUCAAAAUGUAGUCCGAAUGUUUAAUCAUUAAUGAAAGUCGUGUUACAAAAAAAAAUGUUUAUGACAUUUGUGUUUAUUAAAUAUUAAAAAUUAGUGACCAUAAAAUUCUCAUUUUGUGUGUAGGGUAUACAAAUAGUUACUAGUCUUUUUAGCAUUCUUGAAACAAAAUAAAAGCUAAUAACAAUAUUUAUGAAGCGGAGAGAUUAUAUGUUAAUGUACAUCAAAAUUCUCGGUGUGCACUGUGCAACAAGAACUGAUUCACAAUAUGAUAAAUUUCCACCCGACCUUAUAAUAUGAUACAUAAAUGAUAAAUUUAUUAUGGUAAUACACUAAGUACAUAUCAUAUCCUGACUCAUUUUAACAGAAAAAGUCGGAGUACUAUAAAUAGAAACAACUUUAACUAAUUAUUCCCUUUAUUUUUAUGAAAGAUAUUGAAGUUGUUGGACAAAGUGCGCUAUAUAGUUCAAAUAGUCUUCUUCUUUUUUUGUAAAAUGUUAAGAUUAAUAUUAGAUUUUCGAAUUUGUUAUUUAGAUUAUAGUGAAAACAAGUAACGGAAUGAAGAAAUUGAAGCUAAACAACAAAAUUUAUGGUGGCAAAAAUCUGAAACCAAAAGCAUAGAAAGACCUAGACUCAAAAACAAACUGAACAUCGAGAUCUAUAAAGCAGUAUAUUUAAAAAAAAAGAGAGUCUGGUACCACAACCUAUUAGUAAAUAGGCGUCUUUAAACUUAAAAAUAAUGGUUCUUACAGCUUCCAACAUUCCAACCCGAUGAAGAAUCUCUAAAAGAUCGAAACACAGAACUACAAAGAAACUUGACGGGGGCAACCUCCGAAGACACAAGGGUGAGUCACCUAAUUAACGAUGAUGCUAAAUUGAAACGAAUAAUUGUUUAGACCUAAAACAAAUUGAAACACAAAUAAGUAAAAGACGCGAGAGAAAGUUAAAGUAUAUUUAUUUAACAACAUAAAGGAGUUAAAAGGUCUAUAGAUCGGUGACUAUAAAUCCAUGACCGGUGAGGUGAACACAGGAGAAAAAAAAAAUCCAUGACCAAUAUCCAGAUAUGACAUAUUUUGUUCUCUUUGAACAUUAUAGUUUGUAGGUUUAAAAUUUAGAAUAUAGUCUGUGGAUUUACAAUGUAUAAUUUGUAUUUCAUUUUUUGCAUUAAAAUCUGAGUAAAACUCAUUCUCUGCCUUAAUAUACUAUUGUAGAGAUUCGUUUAUUUCCCACAUCGCUAAAUCCAAGCCAAUUACAAGUCGCGACCUACGUUUUUUCCUAAAAUAUAAUGUUGAAUUUGUAUGCCGAUAAGAGAAAUGUUUCAGAGUAAUGUACAAAAUCUGCAGUAGAUGACACGAACAAGACGUGACAAAACCAAAUUACAUGUUUCUCCGAUAACGUAUAUCGUGUAAAUAAAUUGUUCGCCAAAUUAACGAAUAUUCAUAAUUUUAUAAUCUCUAUAUAAAAUCAUAUGCGUGAGCUUUUGCUAAUGUGCCUAUGCAAGUUCCUUAAAUAAUAUAGUAAUCAAAAGAAUUAAAGCGUUUGAAAUUCCGCAGGGAAUACCGAUAACGAUAUACGUAACAACUUUAAGUUUUUGGUUGCGAGUGGAUGAACAUAGUGUAACUAGUAACUACACAUGCAUGCUUAGACAGUUUUUCACUAAAAAAAUGCUUUAUAUAUUUUAGAUAUGCUAGGAAUUGUUUUGUUUUUCUUUUCAAGUUAACGCCAGAAUAAGUCCAAUGUGAAAAAUGACAACGCAUAAACAUUUCCUUAUAUAUAUGGGAAGGUUUGUGAUUAACCAAACUAAAAGCACAUUGGCUCUUAUCUCUCUCUAACACACACAAGCUCACACAUAUAUAGACAUAUAUAUAUAGAGAGAGAGAAAUGAGUGAAGAGACGCAAAGCGUGAAAGUAAUCGGGCAAUGGUCACCGAUUAUAGUAAUGGUGAUAACUAACAUAGCGAUGGGUUCAGUGAAUGCACUUGUCAAGAAAGCUCUUGAUGUUGGUGUGAACCAUAUGGUCAUUGGUGCUUAUCGAAUGGCUAUUUCCGCUUUCAUUCUAGCUCCAUUCGCCUAUAUCUUGGACAGGAAAACAAGACCGAAGCUAACGUUUAGGCUAUUCAUCGAUCAUUUCUUCAGUGGUCUGCUCGGGGCAAGUUUGAUGCAAUUUUUCUUUUUGCUUGGUCUAUCGUAUACGUCAGCAACUGUUUCGUGUGCUUUGGUAAGCAUGUUGCCUGCAGUCACUUUCGCUUUGGCCCUUGUUUUCAGGAUUGAAAAAGUAAAGAAUCUAAAGACCAAAGGAGGAAAAUUGAAGGUGCUGGGAACUCUAAUAUGCAUAAGUGGGGCUUUGUUCUUAACAUUCUACAAAGGCCCUCAAAUAUCAAACCCUCACUCUCACCGAGAGGCUCUUCACCACAACAACAAUGAUCAAGACAAAACCAAUAACUGGCUUCUUGGAUGUCUUUAUUUAACCAUAGGAACCACGUUGCUGUCUCUAUGGAUGUUGUUUCAAGGGACUUUAAGCAUUAAGUACCCUUGUAAAUACUCGAGCACCUGUCUCAUGUCGGUUUUUGCGGCGUUCCAAUGUGCUCUAUUGAGCCUUUACAAGGGCAGAGACGUUAAAGACUGGGUUAUCGAUGAUCGAUUCGUGAUUAUUGUCGUCGUAUACGCUGGAGUAGUAGGGCAAGCCAUGUCGACGGUAGCAACAAUAUGGGGGAUAAAGAAAUUGGGAGCUGUUUUCGCAUCAACGUUUACUCCAAUCGGUCUUAUCUCAGCUACUCUAUUCGAUUUCCUCAUCUUACACACUCCUUUAUACCUCGGCAGUGUAAUUGGAUCAGUAGUGGCAGUAAUGGGUCUCUACGUGUUCUUGUGGGGUAAGAACAACGAAACGGAAACAUCAACUACAUUGCCUCCUCAGAUGGAUAACGAAGAACAAAAUACUAAUAUUUCAAAUAACAGUUCUAAUGUUUAAGGAGAGGAUUAUCAAAAAAAUGUUUAAGGAGAGAUAAUGAGAGAAUACCCUUAUCUGAAGUCUAAAACUCCAGAUAUCAACGUAAAGAGUUGUCAAAUAUAUAUUCAUCAUUAUUUAAUAAUAUCAUGUGACAGCUUAUCUA